AAAAAAAAAAAAAACAAUUUCUACAUAGAUCUGUUUUCUUUUAAAAAAGAUAGUAUAUAGUCUAUCAAAAAUUGAUCAUGCACAGAUUAAUUCACGUGCGCACACCGUGAUCAUUAUAUGUACUGAAGUAGAUAAGAAUUGUACGAUUGCAAAAAAGAUAUCACAGCAUUAAUUUUAAGUUUUCCAGAAUUGUUAAUGAUGUCCUUAGAUGAUACUAAAUACGAUAAGAGACAAAAUAUAUAUUGCCCCAUCCGGUGUUCAAAAAGAACGUAUCUGUUCAGAUGAAAUGUUUGUACAAGAUAUCAGUGGAAAUGAUUUAGAAUUACCACCAAAAGAAAAAAAAUUAAAGAAGUCUCAAUGCACUCCAUUAUUUAUGUGUGCAUAUACAAGGAGAAAUGCUGGAGCUGUAAUUCACACUCAUUCGAAAUUUGCUGUAAUGGUGACAUUACACUGGCCUGGAAAAGAAUUUCGUGUUACUCAUCUUGAAAUGAUAAAAGGAAUAAGGAAUCAAAAAUUGGGAAAGGCAUAUCGUUAUGAUGAAGAAUUAAUAGUGCCAAUAAUAGAAAAUACUCCAUUUGAAGAAGAUUUAAAAGAUGAAUUAGAUAAAACUAUUCUUGCCUAUCCCGAAACUUGUGCUGUUUUAGUAAGAAGACAUGGUGUAUAUGUUUGGGGAGAUACAUGGCAGCAAGCAAAAACUAUGACGGAAUGUUAUGAUUAUCUAUUUGACAUAGCUCUCCAAAUGAAACUAAGUGGAUUAGAUCCGGCUGCAAUUCCAAAAAAAUUAUGAAGAGUUUUAAAUUAAUAACAAUACCUUCACUUAUUAUUUUUAAAAGAUAAAUUACCUUUUCUAUAUAUUUUACAAAAAAAUCAUAAUGUAUAUAUGUUACAAUAUUAAUCUUUAUACAUCUUUAAGUAUCUAAAUCAAAUGGUUGGAAGUCUCUUCUAAUUCGUUUUGCUAAUUCAGUUUCUUCCUCUUGAUCCAAUUGACAAUCUUUCCAAUCAGCUCGAUCAUCAAGAUCUAAUAUUCUAUCUGAAGCUAAUACUUCCCUGCCAAACUGUAGUGGAAAAUCUUUUUUUAUUCUAUAAUAUAGUUUUUCUGUACUUGGCAAUUCUGCAUAAAAAUAUAGAACACCUGGUUUUGCAAUUUGCUGCAAAUCUGUGUGUGAAGGUAAUUCUGUUAUAUUAAAAUUAUUACAUUCUGCCAUUUCCUAGAAUAAAAAUAUUAUUAAAAUAUAUGUUAACAUAUUCUUAAAAUAACUAUUAACAGAAAUACUUACUUCAAAUGUUUCUUUCAAAGCUGAUGCUUGAUUUUUAUGAACAGGCACAACUUGCAACUGGCAAUGAGAUGUUUUGAAAUUACGUUCAAAAAAUACAGGUACUUUAUCCAUAGUGGCAUAGUAUUUGGUUAUUGCAUUCUUAUACUGUUCAAUUUCAUCCUUUACUUCUUUUGGUAGAAUAGAGAGACUCUGAUGGUGGGUUAUCGGUAGAAUUAGAAAAUGAUUCUCAACUAGUCCACCUCUAGCAAGUGCAACAUAUACUUCUGUUCCAACAGAUAUUACUAAAUGCUUAGAGACUUCAGGACUGGAUAAACAAAACCAACACUUAGCUUGAUCGAAUUCGCGUUUUGGUUUUUUGUUAGGACCUCCAGAAGAUUUUGAUCUUUUAGUAGACUCUUGAGAUUCCAUAUCAUAAAAAAACUGUGUAUGCUUUGGUUGUUCUAAUUUUUUUAGUGACGGUUCACUCGACAGCAUUGAUUUGGGAUAUGGAGAAUCUGUUUCAUCUGUAGUUUUCAUAAUUAACUCAGAUAAACGAGUUCUGUCAACAGGUGUUAAAUUCAAUGCAUACAACCAUUUUUUUUUUUGAUUGUUUAUCACAGGUGCAAGUGCUACAAAUCUUGUUGCAAUUUCAAUAUUUCCUUCUUGUAGACUCUGAUUCCUAUAUGGAGGUCUUUCAUAAUGAAUGCCUUCCAAUGCUGAGACAUGAUAUCUUGGUUUUACUUGAGCAGCCAACCAUGCAAUUAAUUUCGAACCCUGAUAUUUAAAAUUUGGUUUAUUAGGAUCAAAAUUUGUAACAUCAGCAGGCCAAGGAGAACUCAUCAAAAUGUCAAUUCCACGAAAACUAGGUUGACCUUUUAAACAAGCCUGCUUAAUUGACAUUAUAUCAUUUUCACUUAAACACGCAGGUUUUACUUCUGAAGAAUUACUUUCUGUACCACUGAUGUAAGCUAUUUUAAGUCCAGAACUAGCAGUGUACAAUCCACGUUUUCCAAGAUAAGUAAGAUUUUGACAGAUUUCGCAACCAUCAAUGUCUGGAUAAUUAUUUAAAUCACUGUCCCUGUUUGCGCCAAUAAUGUAAGUUGGAACUGAUAUACUUUUCAUGCCAUUCUUAUAGUCUUCAAGCUCUAUAUUGUUUUCACCAAAAAAAUUUCCCACGCAUAGCAAAAAAUCGAAAGGUCCACUUUUCUUAUUGAUAGCAUCAACUUUGUUAAAUAAAAAUUUAAAAUGACCCUCUACAUCUCCACACAUUAAUACCUUUUGUUUUUCAGUCAUGUUUAAUAACAUAACCUUAAUUUCAUUAAGCAAAUAUGAUAUGUACCAUCAAUGACCGAAAAAUUGUGUUAAAGAUUAAAUAAAUCUCACAAUUAAGAUAACUUUGUAUUAUUAUUAUUUUAUUACUUUCAAUUGUGUAAAACUAGCACUUUUCAUCAUUAACAUCUCAUUGCGUUUUAACUAGUGAAAAUUGGAGGGAACUACGAGAAAGGAGUCGAAGACCAUCAUUAAUUAGUGUAUUAUGAAAUUAUAAAUUAGAUUUAAUAUAAUUUCACAUGAUAUAGAAUCUUACUUGAAUUCUAUAUUUUACAUUAUAUGUAAAAAUAUUCAUCAAAUCAAUUCAGUAUAAUGUAAAUUAGUCAAGUUCAUCGUAUUGGCUCUUUAUAAUAGCG